AUUGUUUCCGGAUAAAAUUUGUAGAACAGAAAAGUGUUUUUUGAGAGGUGGAAUUUUGAGAAGUGGAAUUUGUAAAUGGAGUAGAAACAACAACACACUUUUGCUGAUGGUUAUUUCAUCUUAAAAUCAACUAUUUAAGGUUAUUUACUUUUAAACUAAAGUUAAGAAAGUGAAAUUUUGUUUACUUGAGCUGUUGUGAAAAGUGAGAAUGGAUUCACUAUCUGAAGAAGACCUUACUUGCCCUGUGUGCUAUGAAAUCUUCAAGGAUCCUGUUUUUUUGUCGUGUGGUCACAAUGUCUGUAAGGAAUGUCUUCAGCAGUUCUGGAAAACAAAGAAUACUCAGCAAUGUCCCAUCUGCAGGAGAAGAUCCUCGAAAGAUGAACCUCCUGGUAAUCUUGUGUUAAAAAACAUUUGUAAGUCGUUCUCUCUAAAAAUUAGUCAAAGAACAUCAUCGGGGUCUCAGGAGUCCUGUAGUUUACACAAUGAAAAAUUGAUGCUUUUCUGCCUGGAAGAUAAAGAGCCUGUUUGUUUAGUGUGUAGAGAUUCACAAAAACAUGCUAAUCACACAUUUCGCCCCAUCAGUGAAAUAGUUUCAUCAUACAAGAGGGAAUUAAGUACUGUACUGAAGUCAUUGAAAGAGAAGCUUAAAUACAGAGAGGAAAUGAAAGGAGAAUAUGAUAUCACAUGUGUUCACACCAAGACUCAGUCUCUGCAAACCGAGACUCAGAUAAAAGAGGAAUUUAAGAAGCUUCGUCAGUUUCUCAUAGAUGAGGAAGAAGCUACAAUCAAUGCACUGAGGAAAGAGGAAGAUCAGAAGAGUCAGAUGAUAAAGGAGAAGCUUGAGAAGAUGAACAUGGAGAUUUCAGCUUUAUCAGACAUUAUUAAAGACACAGAGGAAAGGAUGAAAACCAAUGACAUCUCAUUUCUAAAAAAUUUCAAGGCAACAAUAGAAAGAGCACAGGUCUCACCUCCUUUGUCCGAGAUGGCUUCAGGAACAUUGAUUAAUGUGGCAGAUUACCUGGGCAACCUGGCAUUCAAAGUCUGGAAAAAGAUGCAACAUCUUAUACAAUACACUCCUGUGAUUCUGGACCCCAACACUGCACAUCCAAAACUUAUCCUGUCUGAUGAUCUGUCAAGUCUGAAGAAAGGAAUAAGGAUAGAAUCACCAUUUCCACUUUAUUCAGAGAGAUUCAACAAGUAUCCCUGUGUCCUGGGUUCAGAAGGCUUUAUAUCAGGAUCCCACUGGUGGGACAUCGAAGUUCAUAACCAUUCAGAUUGGAUUAUUGGAAUAACCACAGAAUCAAACCGAAGAAAUACAGAUUUUUUUAUAAAUAAUGUCUGGUGUAUGUGGUACAGGGAUGAUCAAUAUUUCUUACAAUCCCCAGAGAAACCCACAAUAGCUCUUACAGUUCAAAAGAAACUUCAAAGGGUGAGAGUGCAGCUGGAUUGGACCAGAGGAAAAGUGUCAUUCUGUGAUCCUAUAACAAACAAAUGCCUAUGCACAUUAACAACCACCUUCACAGAGAAAGUGUUUCCAUUCUUUUAUAAUAGUCAUGCAGCCUCCCCUCUGAAGAUAUUGCCAAUUAAAGUCUUUGUAACAACAGAACAAUGUUAGGGCUCCCAUUUGAGAUAAUAACAGAAAGAGGAGGUCACACAAGACUUGAUAGACUUGUUAAAGGAGGUACUACAACAGUCAAUACGUAAAUGAACAUGGCAACAUAACAUAAGUAAUACAAUAUAAGGAAGUUCCUUUGUAAUUGUCUGCUUAUGAAAAUGACAAUAAUAAAUAAAUACUAGACAGUAAAUAACUCUUAGAAUAGUUCAGAGCAAAUAGUAAAUAAUUUAGAGCUUUUCACUGUGAUACUCCUGUCGCUUUAUAAGGGGAAAAUGUGUAAUUAAUAUAUGUAUGUAUGUAAAUUCAAAUAUAAAAUGUAGACUCUUUGAACUACACACUCAAGUUGCUUAAAGGACAAGUUCGGUAUGUUACACUUAAAGCCCUGUUUUCAGAUGCUUUCCAGCAGGUGUUUUACCAUUCGUUGUAAACUUGUGGACCUAUUUUUUUAAACGCCUCACCACCCGUAUAUUCUUCCGUUGAGAGCUUGAAAAAUAAACACUCCAGCCCAGUUGGUGGCGAUAAUCCGCCUUUGCCAAUUGCAAGAAUAGAAACAAAGUUCCCGGCGCGGAGCAAUACAGUACCUCACAGCACAUCUAAUACAAGUCAAUGGAGUUGGACAAAACUAUGAUAAAACCUGUUGGAAAGCAUCUUUUGCAGCGAUUUUUGUGUGAGCAUAUCAGUGAACACCCCUGACAACUCGGUGAGUUUCACGUCUUUGUAAACAAAAGUUUAAUGCAUUUUAGGAAGGAUUGUUCCUGUGCACCUAUA